CUAAUAUUGUACAUUGCACUUGCCUACGUUUUCUCUAUAUGUCAUUAUGUUUCCAUGAGAAACAUUCGUUAUGAAAUCCAUUCAAUAAUGCUAGACAGAACCUUGACGUGGAUCAAGAACGAUCCGCUGUAGCGAGAAAUUCAUACCAGUCGUAUUCGCGAACGACAUUGCGAUAUACCUGGAAUAGAAUGGAAACAGUAGGUACAUUACAAUGGGAGGAUUACUUGGUUAUUGUAGCCACACUAUGCUUAAGUAUUGGCACAGGUAUCUAUUAUCGAUUCAGUGGUGGACGACAAAAAACUAUGGAAGAAUAUUUCAUUGCCAAUAAAUCCAUGAACAUUAUACCUGUUGGUAUUGCACUAGUAGUUUCCUUCAUGUCUGCAAUUACCUUAUUAGGAGUUUCUGCAGAAAACUACACAUAUGGAACACAAUUUGUAGUAAUUAAUUUAUCAUAUCUCAUAGGAACUCCUAUUGUUUGUUAUGGAUUUCUACCAGUAUUUUUUAAACUUCAAGCAACAAGUGCUUAUGAGUACUUAGAAAAACGUUUUGGAAUAAUAGCUAGGAUGAUGGCUAGUUUUGUUUACUGGCUACAGCUGCUUCUGUAUUCAGGUGUUGUACUUUAUGCCCCUGCUUUAGCAUUGGAAGCAACAACAGGAAUUUCUAAAGCUACCAGCAUUAUUGUUAUUGGAAUAGUUUGUUCAUUUUAUUCAAGCAUAGGAGGCAUUAAAGCUGUACUAAUUACAGAUGUGUUCCAAGGACUACUCAUGUUUAUUUCUGUUUUUGUUAUUAUUAUCAUAGCUGCUAAUGAAGCUGGAAGUUUAGGAAAAAUCUGGCAAAUAGCAGACGAAGGAAAUAGAAUUCAAUUUGAUAGUAUUUCUAUAGACCCUACAGUUCGACACACUUGGUGGUCCCUCACUAUUGGUGGUUUAUUCACGUUCCUAUCAUUGUAUGGCGUAAAUCAAGUUCAAGUGCAACGUUUAUUGACAGUAAAAGAUAUAAAAGCAUCACAAAAAGCACUCUGGUUGUCAUGGCCAAUUUUAUCAUUACUUUCAUUUACUACAUGUUUCUCAGGUUUAGCAAUAUAUAGUAAAUAUUAUAAAUGUGAUCCAUUACUUCAAAAAAGAAUAUCAUCAAUAGAUAUGUUGAUGCCAUUAUAUGUAAUGGAUACUAUGUCUAAUAAACCUGGUUUACCUGGUAUUUUCAUAGCAGGUAUUUUUAGUGCUAGUCUCAGCACUAUUUCAGCAGCGUUAAAUUCGUUGGCAGCGGUAACACUAGAAGAUUAUUUAAAACCAGUAUAUAAAAAAUGUUGCGGUAGGGAAUUCUCUUUGACUAUGUCGACAAAUCUGGCCAAAUUACUCGUUUUAUUGUAUGGAUUUAUUUCUGUUGCUUUGGCAUUCUUGGCACAAUUAUUAGGUGGUGUUUUACAGGCUGGAUUAACAAUAUUUGGAGUAGUGGGUGGCCCUCUUCUGGGCCUUUUUACCCUUGGAAUGCUCACAGAAACAGCUACAGAAAUAGGAUCCGUAACAGGUGCCACUAUUGCCCUAGUAUUUCUAUUUUGGAUUGCUUUUGGACAACCUAGACCUAUUACUCCAACACUGCCAGUGACUGAUAUUGAUUGUCCAAAUGCAACCCUUUCUACCUUGCAGACACAAUUCAUGCGGAAACAAGAUGAUUCAUCUUACUUCUAUUUAUAUCGAAUCUCCUAUAUGUGGUAUUGUCCUCUUGGAUUUCUGAUAACGUUUGUCAUUGGAUUACUCCUUAGCUUUUGUAUGAAGCGGAUAUUUAAAAAACAGAAACUUGAGUUGGACCCAAACUUAUUCUUUCCUAUAAUAGGAGAACGUAUACGUCGUAGGCGUGAGCAGACUUUUGGUUAUGAGAACCAGGUAUCAAAACAUGCCACUAUGUCCAAAAAGUAUGUUUUUACUAUAAAUGCAACUAACAACGAGGAAACUAUUGAAGAUAUGAAUACCACCAAGCUUUAA